CCCAGUAAGCUGGCUCCGCCUAGUUGCAGCUCCGCCGUACCCGCCGGAGCCAAGCCGGAAGUUGCUCAGGCUGCCUCUGCUGCUCAAGAUCUCAUGGAUCACGUAGUCUAGGCUGGCCUCAGAUUUGCUGUGUGGCUGAGGAUGACCCUGGGCCUCUGACCUUCCCACCUUCACCUGGUGACGUGUCCUCACUUGGGAAUGGCGGCUCCCCAGCUCACCCUCAGUAUCCUUGUGAUGGCCUUGCUCACUAGUUCUGUGACUGCUUAUCCCAAUGGCAAAGUACCAAUGUCCUGUGGUGGGAUGAUCCCCCAACAUAACCACAGCCCAAAGUCUGAGCCUAUUCACCAAAUCACAGUGAGUCAGACGACCUUCAGACCUGGAGACCAGAUCAAAGUUACGUUAUCAGGACCACCAUUUAGAGGCUUUCUUUUGGAAGCUCGUGAUGCUGAGAAUUUGAGCGGCCCUCCUAUUGGCUCCUUCACUCUGAUUGACAGCGAAGAGUCACAACUUCUGACCUGUACCGAUGUACAGGGAUUAGCUGUGAGUCAUACAAGGUCAUCUACAAAAACAGAAAUUAAAGUCUACUGGGAUGCUCCAAACCCUGCCCCAGAUCACAUACGAUUUCUAGCUACAGUUGUUAAGCAAUUUAAAAUCUACUGGGUGAAGAUUCCGAGUCCCGUAAUUUCCCAACCAAAUGCUCCUCCCUUUACGACACCGAAAGCUACAACCCAACCUUUGACAACGCCACCUUCUGUCUCACACUUAACCAAACCAUUCAGUGCCUCCGAGUGUGGGAACAAGAAGUUCUGUGUCAGGAGUCCUUUGAACUGUGAUCCAGAGAAGGAGCCUGCAUGCGUCUUCCUGUCCUUCACCAGAGACAACCAGUCAGUGAUGGUUGAAAUGAGCGGACCCAGUGAUGGCUAUGUGUCGUUUGCAUUUUCUCACGACCAGUGGAUGGGUGACGAUGACGCUUACUUGUGCAUCCGUGAGGACCAGACAGUAGAUAUACAGCCUUCCUACUUGACAGGGAGAAGUUAUCCUGUGAUGGACUCCAGGGGGACUCUGGAGGACAUGGCCUGGAGGCUGGCGGACGGCGUCAUACAGUGUUCAUUCAGAAGAAACAUCACCCUUCCUGAGGCUAAAAACAGAUUUGUGUUGAAUGAGAGCUACUACAUAUUCUUCGCAGAAGGCCCGUCUCACGACGGCCGAAUAUUUAGGCACUCUCAGCAACCUUUGAUAACCUAUGAAAAAUUCAACGUAACAGGCACUCCAAAGAGCGUAGGAGGGUCCCGCUCCUCACCCCUUUUGAAGGCACAUGGUGCCUUAAUGUUUGUGGCAUGGAUGACCAUGGUCAGCAUUGGAGUCCUGGUUGCCCGGUUCUUCAGAUCUGUUUGGUCGAAAGCUUUCUUCCUCAGGGAAGCAGCUUGGUUUCAGGUGCAUCGGAUGCUCAUGGUAGCUACCUCCUUGCUCACCUGCGUUGCUUUUGUUUUGCCGUUUGUGUACCGCGGAGGCUGGAGUUGGCGCGCAGGCUACCACCCGUACCUCGGUUGUACAGUGAUGACCUUAGCUGUCCUUCAGCCUCUGCUGGCAACCUUCAGACCACCUUUACACGACCCAAGGAGGCAAGUGUUUAACUGGACUCACUGGAGUGUGGGGACAGCCGCUAGAAUAAUAGCAGUGGCAGCAAUGUUCCUAGGAAUGGAUUUGCCAGGACUGAAUCUUCCCAGUCCACAGAAGACCUACGCAAUGAUGGGGUUUGUGGUCUGGCACAUCGGGACUGAGGUCAUUCUGGAGAUACAUGCUUACCGGCUCUCUAGAAAAGUUGAAAUACUGGACAACGAUAGGAUCCAGAUCCUUCAGUCACUAACUGUUGCAGAAGCAGAGGGUCAUGUUUUUAAGAAGGUGGUGUUGGCCGUUUACAUAUGUGGGAAUGUGACUUUUCUCUCGAUAUUCUUAUCUGCAAUCAACCACGUAUGAGCACAAAAAGACUUUUAUUUUUUAUUUUUUGUGGGCCUGGGUCAUGAUGAUCAUUAAAAUGAGGAGAGACCUGAAGCUUGUACCGACCACCUGCAGCACACACUAAGUCAGAAUUCCCAUGGGCAUCGCUAUCGAGGAAUGCUGAAGUCUGGGUUUCCUAGCUCACAUUCAAGUGGGCUAAGUAACCUGGGCCUUUAUGUGUAAUUCUGCAUCCUGAAGGGAACAUUGUACCUGAGAUGACAUGACUCUCAGCAUCUCAUGCCAGAUUUAAAACUGUAAACUGGAAUGGGUAGCAGAUGAAGACAAUUAUCUCAGGCAAUUAUCUCAGGGAAAAAAAAGAAAAAGAAAAAAAAAAAAAGAAAGAAAAGAAAAAAGAAAAAAAAAUGGAGAUUGUGUCUUUGGGAAUGAGACAGGUUUGGUGUAGCCCAGGCUGACCUCUAACCAGCUGUAUAACCAAAGAUAACCCUGAACCUCUGAUCUGCCUGCCUCUGUUUCCUGGGUGGCUUACAGGUGUGCAUCACUAUAUCUGGUUUUAAGGGAACUGUAAUUUUCAUGACGAUGCUGCUAUGGUACUUUAAAGACUACAUUUAUGCACACACACACACACACACACACACACACACACACACACACACCCCAAACAAAUAAAACCUACAAGAAAAAAACUAAACAUGUUUUCCGACCACCAGUUAGGAGAUUUUCUCUCUCCUUUGUGUUCAGUAUUUCUGUCUAAAGGUAGCUGUUGAUUUAUUCAGUGGGCAUUUCGUUAACAUGUAGUUAUAUUAUGGAUACUAUAUUUCCUUUAGCAGUUAAAUGCAGGUAGGUGCUCCUGAUUAGAGAUCUCAUUUAUUUUUCCUUUGUGGAGCUGAAACGACAUCUUAUGUCCUGUUUCAGCUGUGAGAUCAGUCCUUAGAGGAGCUAGAACAAAGCUGCGAAUCUCUUAGUUGUUAAACCCUCACCCUUGUGAACGGAUCCAGCAAGUGUUCUUGUCUCUUGAAGAUAGACUAACAUGGAUGGGUUCCUUUGGAAGGCAUCCCUGGUGCUCUAGUGACAGCACAGGCUGUGUGUUUCCUCCUACUGUCAUUUUCUAUCUCUGCUGUGAGGACUUACAGCCAGUGGGUGGCGCUGUAAUACCGGAGGACUCAUUUGUUCUGUUGCCACUAAGUGUUUUUAUUAUGGGACUAUUUCCUUACACCUACGCUCUGGAUUCUCUCUCUCUCUCUCUCUCUCUCUCUCUCUCUCUCUCUCUCUCUCUCUCGGGGUAAUAGGUGCUAGAAACUUUCUGACUUAACUUUUGUUUUCUUUGAUUAUUUAUAAUGACUGUUUGAUAUUUUCUUUUAUAUUUUUCUGACCCUGCUGCAAAUGAAGAUAAUUUUCUUAGGCAAAGGAAACAAGUAAAAUAAUUGGGAGAACAUAUUUUACUUUUCAGAUACUCUUUCAGCUGAUGAUAUCAUUUCUGCUUGGCCCCAGAACCCUAUCUUCAUCUCUGAGUAAUGACCCCACCUCCAUGCUUUUGUUUCUAACCAAUAAAGUGAAAACGUUCUGAUUUUCUCUACAUAGAUCUUAGCUAAAAAUAGCAUAGGGUUCAGGUAGGAAUUUCCUAUGCUCAUGGUCAAUGAAUGGCACAUUACGGUUUA